ACAUGAAAGUUUUGCAGGAAAUAACAAACAAAUGACUGUUUAUUGUUAUCGUCAUUGUUAAAAAGGACAAAACGAUUUCCGAGUGUUAAGGAAUUCUGGUAAAAUGUGCUUCAUUGUGUCAAAAGAAUCAAACAAGACAAGUUAAGUUAAGGAAAGCGAAGAAAAAGGAAAAAGAGAGCAGCAGUCAAAUCAAAUACUUGUGUCCAGACUUGAAAAAAAACUUUUCUUGUAAGAAAAAAUACACCGCCUUCAUGUCGUCCUAAAUUCCUUAAAGGAUCAAAUUAGUCAAAGAAGAAGAGGAGAAAGAAGGAGGAAGAAGAAGGAGACACCAUCGGUUGAAGUGAGAAGGAAGUACUUUCAACUCGUCGAGGAGCACACACAAUAGAACCAAACAACAAUGGCUAACGAGAAAAAGAUUCCUCCAGGUGUAUGCUCGAAUGGCACUACCACAACAAUUGCUGCCAAUGAGAUGAGUAACAGAAAACCCAGUUGUUAUGGGGGGUUAUUGCCAAUGGGUUUACCGCAACCACUUUUACUGGAAGAGAAGAAAUAUUUAUUAGCUGUUGAACGGGGUGAUAUCGCAAAUGUAAGAAGAGUACUACAACGAGCACAUCGCAAGAAGCACAUCAAUAUCAAUUGUAUGGAUCCUUUGGGUCGACGCGCUCUUACUCUUGCCAUAGACAGUGAGAAUCUGGAGAUGGUGGAGCUGCUUGUUGUUAUGGGAGUGGAAACAAAGGAUUCUCUGUUGCAUGCCAUAGAUGCGGAGUUCGUUGAAGCUGUCGAACUAUUGUUGGAGCAUGAGGAACUGAUUUACACAGAAGGAGAUUUGUAUAGUUGGCAGAAAGUUGACAUCAAUACAGCUAUGUUUGCUCCAGAUAUUACACCCUUGAUCCUUGCGGCUCACAAGAAUAAUUUUGAAAUUUUAAAACUGCUCUUGGAUAGAGGGGCAGCCGUGCCAACUCCUCAUGAUAUCAAGUGUGGUUGUGAAGAAUGUGUUCGUCACUCAACUGAAGAUGCCUUAAGAUUCUCCCUUGCUCGUGUCAAUACCUACAAAGCCUUAGCUAGUCCAUCGUUUAUAAGUUUAACAUCGCACGACCCACUUAUGACAGCAUUUGAAUUGUCAUGGGAUCUAAGAAACUUAGCCUUUACAGAACAAGAAUGCAAAGCUGAGUACCUUGAAUUACGAAGACAGUGCCAACAAUUUGCGGUAGAUCUUUUAGACCAGACGCGAACCUCCGAAGAACUUGCCAUAAUAAUAAACUAUGAUCCAGGACAUAGCUAUGAACCAGGAGAUCGAAUGACUCUGAGUCUUCUGGAACAAGCUAUCAGUUAUAAGCAGAAGAAAUUCGUAGCUCAUCCGAAUGUUCAACAACUUUUGGCAGCCAUAUGGUAUCAAGGUCUUCCUGGUUUUCGCCGUAAAACUGAGGUUCAAAAGUGCCUUAAACUUUUUCAAGUAGCAAUUAUGUUUCCAUUAUACUGUUUGAUAUACAUGAUCGCACCGAACUCAGACAUUGGCAAACUUAUGCGGAAGCCAUUCAUGAAGUUUUUGAUUCACGCGUCUUCCUAUUUGUUCUUCCUAUUUAUAUUAAUACUUGUAUCUCAACGUGCCGAAGAUGAUGUUGUACGUUUAUUUGGUACUGAUGACAUGAUACAAAAUCUACAAGAAACUUCCAAACAUCAACGUGGAAAUGGUCCAACCAAGCUCGAAUUGAUAGUCGUUUGUUAUUUGGCUGGAUUUUUGUGGGAAGAAUUACAGGAGAUCUUUAAUGUGGGGAUGAAGAGCUAUUUGAGGAAUAUGUGGAAUUUCAUUGAUUUUUUACGAAAUGGAUUGUAUAUAAGUGUUUUUUGUUUGAGAGUUUUUGCCUAUAUUCAACAACAGAGUGAAAUUGAAAAGGAUCCAGAAAUGGCCUAUAUACCGCGUGAGAAAUGGAAUGAUUUUGACCCACAACUAAUAGCCGAAGGACUAUUUGCUGGAGCUAAUAUAUUUUCUGCAUUGAAAUUGGUUCAUUUGUUUUCGAUCAAUCCACAUUUGGGACCGUUGCAAAUUUCACUGGGACGAAUGGUCAUUGAUAUUGUCAAAUUCUUUUUCAUAUACACAUUAGUAUUGUUUGCAUUUGCUUGUGGAUUAAAUCAGCUUUUGUGGUAUUUUGCUGACUUGGAGAAAAAUAAAUGUUAUAAUGGAACAGACGGAGAAGCAGAUUGGAAGGAAAAUGGUGAUUCUUGUAUGAAAUGGAGAAGGUUUGGAAACCUUUUCGAAUCAUCACAAUCCCUAUUUUGGGCUAGUUUUGGAAUGGUUGGAUUGGAAAACUUUGAAUUAUCUGGCAUAAAAUCAUACACCCGCUUUUGGGGUCUUUUAAUGUACGGAUCUUACAGUGUUAUCAAUGUGAUAGUAUUAUUGAAUCUUUUAAUUGCCAUGAUGUCAAAUUCAUAUGCCAUGAUUGAGCUUCAUUCUGACACCGAAUGGAAAUUUGCUCGCACUAAAUUGUGGAUGAGUUACUUUGAAGAUAGUUCUACGUUGCCACCUCCUUUCAAUGUCUUCCCAUCAAUUAAGUGGGUUAUAAGAUUGUUUAGAAAAUCUAGCAAGGAACUUGCAAGAAAAAAAUCCCAGAAACGAGGUGAAAAUAAAACUGAAAAUCGAUAUGCCAGCAUCAUGUGGUCUUUGGUUUGGCGUUAUGUCUCAGCUAAUCAUAGAAAGCUCGAACAGGCUCCUGUAACAGAGGAUGACAUCAAUGAAGUAAAAGCAGAUAUCUCGACAAUGAGAUAUGAACUGUUGGAAAUUUUUGAUAGCAAUGGAAUGGAUGUUUCUUCAGCUGCCAAAAAAGAAAAACCACAUCGUGCCAAACAUGCUAAAAUUUGGGAACGGAGACUGAUGCGAGGAUUCCAAGUGGCCCCCGUUCCGACCGCGGUAGCAAAUAAAUCAUCUUCCAACAACGUCAACGGUGAAGGUGAUAUCAACGAAAUCAAAAUCGAAAGUGAACCCAAUCAACCACCUGUCCAUGAAGAUCCCAAAACCCGAUUCCGUCGCAUAGCUCGCACUGUAGCUAAUCAAUCGGCAGUCCAUAAAUGGAAUCUGGUUCUGCAAGGAGUGGCAAAAAAUUCUCAAAUCGGCCGCUGCUGCAGCAAAGAGAGCUACAAUAGCUUGCAACAUCUACAGAAGGCCAUCGGGGAGGCAAAGAGGUUGGUAUUACUAUCACCACCCCCACAUGGUACCGGUUGCGAAACACCAGUUAUCGAAUUCGAGGAUGAAAAAACCAGCACGCUGUUGGAUUUGUUGAAUAAAAUUGGCGCUGAGUUGACAGGCACGGAUGAAGCAAACGAGGACAGUGGUAUUACGAAUGCAAAAUCAGUUCGUAAGCUGGUGGAUGAUGUGUCAUCAUCAAAGCAGGCAACGAACCCAAUGCCUCCGGACAUUCACCCAGUUAUUACUGAAUAUGGAUUCAUAUCGCCACCACAAUCGUUGAAGCACGAUGCAACGAUGGUGGCCAAAGAGUCACAAAACCAGCAACGUAAGACGCCUCCGGUCGACACCAACAAGUCAACAACAACAAAGAGCCAAAAUGAAGUGAUUCUAUCAGCGUCAAGUCUUGGUUCUACUGCAAGUAGGAGUGGAAGUGCUGCUGCUGGGAUAGAAGGAGCAGCUGAAUUACUCUUGAGGAAUGCAGAUACUAAGAUGCUAGCGGGCAAAGCAAUUAAAAAACAUCCACCUCCCCCUGCUCCACAGGGUGCUGCUGCUGUUGCUGCUUCUGUUACAAGUGCAAGUGGAAAAGGAGGAAGUAAUGCUGCUAAAUCUACACCCAAACAACCAAUGUUGAGUAAACUAUCAUCAUCGGUGCAUCCAUCGGAGAAGCCGCCCAUACACCAGGAUUCUUUCGAAGUGACAUUCUUUGAAAUGGACGAUGCUAUGGAGGAGAUGUAUAGUGCUGGCUUAACAGACAGCCAGUCGGAGGCAAGUCUUACUCUGCAGCCACCGCCGAAGCCAGCACCGACCCCAAGGAGCCCUUACAAAAGAGGUACUGGCAGACAAGGAUGGUUUUAGGGUUGAAUUAUUGUCUGUUGUCUCAAAUAGCAACUUGGAUGAUUAUGUGCGCAUUUAAGUUUUUAAUAUAAAAUUAAGGAAUGAAAAAUAUUUAUACCUCAUGAUGUCGAAACAACAAAAACAAAUACCAAAACUGUUUUAAGAA